CAGCGGCAUCAGCAUCAGCCAACAGGUCCCGGCCCAAAUCUGGAAGGUCCCUUUGAAGAGAUGGCCCUGGUGAAGGCCGGCUGGCUCUGGAGGCAGAGCUCCAUCCUUCGACGUUGGAAGCGGAACUGGUUCGUUCUGUGGCUGGAUGGCACCCUAGGCUACUACAAGGACGACAGCCUGGAGGAGGAGGAAGACCGAGUGCUAAUCCGGUUCAAUUGCCGAGAGGUGAAGACUGGACAGGAGUGCCCGGAGGUACAACUGCCCGAAGGCCGGAACCGGGACUCUCUCCUGAUGGUGUACCUGAGGGAUGGCCCCCGCCUGGUACUAUGUGCUGAGAAUAAGGAUGAGGCUUUAGCAUGGAAGAGUGCCCUCCUAGAAGCGAACUCCACCCCGGUACGCAUCUAUGACCCCUACGAUGACUAUUACCAGAUGGUGCCACCCAAUGCCCAUGAUGCCACCUACAUCCGCACUGGCUACUAUGGGCCCCCGUAUGGAGCUCCAGGAGUGACCCACGUCAUCCUGCGUGACUCACCAUACUAUGGCAGAGAUACUGGGGGUGACAUCGCUAUGGGCAUGUUGGCUGGAGCUGCCACAGGCGCAGCCCUGGGUUCCCUCAUGUGGAUGCCCUGCUGGUUCUGAGGCCACACACCCAGGAGCACCUGAAGAUUCUCCCCACCUUUGGACAGAGACCCUGACCCUGGCCCUCAUUAGAUGCCUAUCUGUCUGUGGCAUAAACUUCUCCUUGAUGGUCCUGUCCUGACCUCCCCAAAAUCCUGAGGACUGGGUUUUGCUCCCUCAGCCUUUACUCUGGUCAAGCUCUGGCUGUUCAUAGUCUCUCUAACACCCAUGCCCCAACUACCACAAUAGAUAUAAGAUGUCUUGGCUCUCACUAUGUCCCACAGCGAUGCCCCCACCCCCAGCUGUGGCUAAAUGUCUGAGUGGUUCCUUCACCCAUCCCCAUUAC